UAAAUAUGUUGUAUUUCAUGAUAGAAUCAGAGCUUCCCUUUUUAGACAAGGACAGGCACUCGUCUCCAACCGCAGGACCCAUUUCCCCUGCUUUUCUUCCCGGCAUAACUUCAAACACCACACACCAUUAUGGAUCUCUUCUUCUGCAGCAGCCAACUAUUCCCGCUUCCUUCCAUUCUCCACCAUCGAUCCGCCUUAUCCCUUCUGCUUUUUUUGACACCGGGGUGAUUUCUGUCUCCAUCGUCACAAGUGAGAUCCAAAAUAUAUUCAAAGGCUUAAACCCUAGUCAUUCUUCCCUUCGAGAAAGCUAUCAUUCAUCCACCCACCGAGUUCACGCGAGGGCGCCGACAUGGCCGACGGGAUCUCCGACUUUAACGAGACCGAAGAUUUUGAAGAAUACAAUCCCCAUCCUUACCAAGGGGGAUAUGAUAUUGCUCUCACUUAUGGCGAUCCGCUUCCUCCACUCUCCGCCAUCUGCUACCCGUUAUCCGACUCCUCCUCGCAUCCAACUCUCCCACCGAACGGGCCGCUGGAGUAUCCUGCUUCUCCUGAUGCCAGUGAGAGAGCUAUCUCAAUAUCUGACGGGCGUGAAGACGACCGAGCCGAUCCCGCUUAUGACUCUUCUUAUGGUAAUGGCGAACGGGGCUUUACCUCUGCGGAAUGGUGGUGGAAUCAUUCUGGGUUUUCUCCCUUCGCGAUGAAUGGUUUUGGGGGUUGUAGUUAUGACGCAGAAGAGAUGAGAUAUUGGAGACCGUUGAGGCGGGCUGCCGAGUACAUCUUCGGAUAUUCGCAAGGGUUUGGUGAGAGGACAAUUGGAGUGGAUAGUUAUGGGAUUCCAAUCUACGCUUACAAACUGCGUGGGAGCGAUACUGUCAAUGUGGAGAUCCAGCCUGCGAGGACUGAGCAGUUGGAAUAUCACGAUAACUCUAAAAGAUGGUCUUCUACU